AUGUCGCGCUCUGCUACUCCAUCGACUCAAGAAGGGCCAGACCACAGCCCUCCAAGACUGCCAGACGGUUACGUGGCUCAACACUCUCGCUCUUGCGGGCUGCUGAUCCUUCGCGCAGGUGUCUCCAGCUGGACAGUGCCGGAAAAGCCCAGCGCAUCUGUACCCAUCGUCAAUCCCACUCCACAGCCAGACAACCAUCCGUACAGCAUGCCUGACGGCCAGGGAAACCCUAACCAGGACCUUGCUGGCAGCAUAGGAGGUGGAAAGCAAAACAAGCCUGGAGGCUUUGGAGGUCUCGCUGGCCAAUUUCUCGGGGGUGGUGGAGGUCAUGGAGGCGGUGGAGGGGGGAGUCAUGGUGGAAUUGGAGGCCAGGUUGGCCAUUUAGUGGGCAGCUUCGUUGGUGGUGGAAAUAAACCACAUGGGCAGCCGAACUCUGCUCCUCCUGGACAGCAAGGUGCGCCGGCUGGAGGACAUCAUGGAGGUGUAGCAGGGGCAGCGUCGAACUUCUAUCAUAGCCACUACGGUCACCAACAGAGCCAGGGCAAUUACGGAUAUUCAUCGACGGGUGGGUCUGGAGGCUCUUAUGCGGGUGAGGCUCCCCCAGCUUCAUAUCAAGUACCAGGAGGUGGAGCAUCCAACCCUUACGGCUCAUCUACAAAUGUGUCGGGCUAUGGUGGUGGCAUGCAACAUGCGGUACAAGCACAACAGAUGCAGCAAUCGCCGAAUAAUGGGCCCCAGUCGUCCUACAGCUCAGCUCAGCAAUACGGGUCAAAUCCAGCUUUAUCUGGCGCUAUAGGAGGAGUUUCAAACAAACCACAAGCAGGUGCAUACGGGGGACAAGCACCAUCCUUCUCUGGUCCACCUAGCCAACAAGGGGCUUAUGGCGCUGCUCAUACUCCUGAUCCUUAUGGCCAGCAGCCUCACCAGCAGUCAUAUGCCCCGCCCCCAGCUUCAAACCCACCCUACGGUCAGCAACAAAAUCCACAAUAUCCACAGCCUCCCUCGUCGACUGGGCCCUACGGGCAACAACAAAGCCAGCAGUACCCUCCACCGCCGGGACAGUCUGGCCAGCCAGCACCAUAUGGUCAGCAGACACAACCUGGGCAGCAAGCUUCAUACGGUCAGCAAUCGCACACUGGGCAACAAACUCCGUACGGCCAGCAACAAGCAUCAUACGGGCAACAGCAGCAACCCGGGCAGCAAGCCUCAUACGGGCAGCAGCAGCAGUCUGGUCAAUCACAGUAUAGCCAACAGCAACAGGCAGGACAACAGGCAUCCUAUGGCCAAGGUCAACAAUCAACCCAGGCGUACGGACAUUCCUCCCCUUAUCCCGCUUCCCAGCAGCCCCACGGCGUCCCGCCUUAUCAAUCGCAUCCCAAUUCACCACCUCAGAAUACUCCUUCGUUUCCUCCACCUCCGUCAGGCCAACCAGCAAGUUCAGCGCAGAGUAGCUACAGCAGCUACCCACCGUCCUCUCAAGCUCAGUCCCAGCCACAAAUGCCUGGAGACUACAGCGCUUACACUCCUUCGCCAAGUCAAACACCAGGCCAGGGACAAAGUGCAUAUAAUGCACACCCGCCUCAGGGCCAGCCACCGUACGGCGGUGGAUACCCAGGGCAACCUCAGUAUGGCGGACAUGAUCAGUACCAGCAGAAGCCACAGGUGCAGGCCUAUCAAGAAGCUAGCGCUUACAGUGGAGCGCAAGGUGGACAGGGUCAGGCACAACAGGGACAACAGGGACAACAGCAGCAAAGUGCAUAUGGGGGCCAGACGAGUGGCGCCCCUCCUGCGCCAGGUUGGAGAGCUUGA